AGAAAAUAACUGCUGGGUUUUUGGGAGAUUUUAAAAUAAGUAUUUCUGUAUUUGUAUGUAUAGUCUAUCUGUAGAUAUAGCUCUUACAAUUUGAAAUCUUUUUAAUGCAUCUUCCAUCUUUUGUGAGGUAUUAAGAGAUGACUCUCUUAAGAAAAGAUAGAGAAAGGCAAAGAGGGAAGGGGAGAGUAGGGUAAAGCUAAAAAUUAAAGAGGAGGUCCUUCUCAUACACAGAUCCCUAUGGAAUGCAGGAAGGAUGCCCGGUAUUGCUUGCUGGAAUUCAUUCUUUUUGCUUAGUUUAAAGGAACUUGCUUUGUGUUGUUCUCUCUAGAAAUCUUUUCAGUGAGAUAGAGAGAGAAAAUGAGCAUAGAUUGAGUUGUGCAGUAGUUUGGAUAUUUUUAUUUGAGAGGGUGGAUUUUGUCCAAUCCCUUGUUCAACUAGAAGGCCAAAAAUAAUUUAACUGAGGAUUAGCUUUGAAAAUGGGGCGAGAGAUUAGUAUAUUUUUUUCCCAAUGAUUUAGUUGCCUUGCAAGAGGAGAAACUUACAAGUGGAAAGUAGCAACUUACAGAGAAGAUGAAGUCCAUCAGCAACAACGAUAGCAGCAAUAACAACCACAACCUCAACAAUAAUACCUGGUUAGGCUUCUCUCUUUCACCUCACAUGAAAAUGGAGGUUUCUCAGGACCCUCUUCACCUUCAAGAAACACAGACUUUUUCUGGUUCUUCUUCUUCUUCUCGUAUUCCUACAGCCAUCCCAGCAAGUUUUUUUCAACCCCCUCUUCAACCUCUUAGUUACGUCCCUUACUAUGGCGUCGAAGUUGAUCACCAAAAUGCUGCCCUGUACUCUUCUUUGCCUGUCAUGCCUCUCAAGUCUGAUGGUUCUCUUUGUUUAAUGGAAGCUCUAAACGGGUCUCAGCAACCACAAGGAAUGGUAACAACUUCAACACCAAAACUGGAAGACUUCUUUGGCGGUACUUCCACGGGGACCCAUCACUAUGAAAGCAAUGACCGAGAAGCAAUGGCUCUUAGUUUAGACAGUACCAUCUAUUUCCACCAGAACUCUAGCCAUGCCCCUCAUGACCAAAAUCUCCUGAACAAGCUCCAUGAUAAUUCUAGGCUCCAACCAUACCAAUAUUUCACUCCUUCCUAUAUGGGAGACAACAAAGAUAAACCCCAGGUACCAGACUGCAAGUUACAGCUCCCAACAAUGGCGGAUGAUGGUAUCCAUUCCGCCAAGAACUGGGUUGCAAGAAACUAUGAAACUGACCAUUCACUGCAGCAGAAAAUGGUUUACAGCAUGAGUGAUAAUGGUGCUGAUUCUAGUAAUAUGAGUGCAAUGCCAUAUAGGAAUUUGCAGUCUUUGAGCUUAACCAUGAGCCCUGGCUCCCAGUCAAGCUGUGUCACAGCUUCACAGCAACUCACACACACUAUGACUGACUCUGUCACCUUGGAAACUAAAAAAAGAGGGCCUGAGAAGGUGGAUCAAAAGCAAACUGUUCAUAGGAAAUCCAUUGAUACAUUUGGCCAGAGAACUUCUCAGUACAGAGGUGUCACAAGGCAUAGAUGGACUGGUAGAUAUGAAGCUCAUCUCUGGGACAAUAGUUGCAAGAAGGAAGGGCAGAGUAGGAAAGGAAGGCAAGUUUAUCUGGGAGGUUAUGAUAUGGAAGAGAAAGCUGCAAGAGCUUAUGAUCUAGCUGCUCUCAAGUACUGGGGUCCCUCCACACAUAUAAAUUUCCCACUGGAAAAUUAUCAGCAGGAACUUGAAGACAUGAAGGGCAUGACCAGACAGGAGUAUGUUGCUCACUUGCGAAGAAAAAGUAGUGGCUUUUCUAGGGGAGCCUCGAUAUACAGAGGAGUAACAAGGCAUCAUCAACAUGGAAGAUGGCAAGCUCGAAUUGGCAGAGUAGCAGGAAACAAGGAUCUUUAUCUUGGGACUUUCAGCACCCAAGAGGAAGCGGCUGAAGCCUACGACAUUGCAGCUAUAAAAUUUCGUGGGAUAAAUGCUGUGACUAACUUCAACAUAACGCAGUAUGAUGUGGAACGAAUCAUGGCUAGCCCCACCCUUCUUGCAGGAGAACUUGCUCGGCGAAAUAAGGAGAUUGUUACUAUUCCUGAUACUGAGGCAACUAAUCACAAAAACCCUGCUGCUCAUGGCGGCAACAAUGUGGAAAGCAUACCAAUUCAAAAGAACAUUGAAGGUUUCAUGUAUCAGUCAUCAUUAUCUCAGCAACAACUUGAGCAGAAAGUACCAAAUAUGAUUGAUAAUUACAAGGCUCAAACUUUCUCAAUGGCAGCUGAAAGUGUGAUGGGUACUGAUACAAUGAGCUCGGGUCAACAAGAGGUAGAGGAUUCGACCAAGAUGGGUAAUCAUCUCUCCAGUGCCUCUUCUUUGGUGAGCACCUUGAGUAGCUCCAGAGAAGGCACCCCAGAUAGGAGCAGUGCCCCAUUGCAGUAUGCGAUGCCUUGUGCAGCUGCGAUCAAUAUUUUCAACAGUCCAACCACCACUGUUAAUUCUUGGAUUCCCACCGCUGAAAGGAGGCCGCCUCCAGUAAACAUGCCUCUCAAUAUGCCGGUUUUUGCUGCGUGGACAGAUUCCUAGAUGGUCUGUCGAUGUAGUUUCAAUGUCUUUUUGCAUGGACAAAAUAGAAAGCUGAAGUGAGUGGAUUAAUGCUAGCAUGGGACACCUGAGCAAGAACAAAUUUCUAACGUUAUCUUUUUAGGCAUAUAUGUGUUAUGAACAUCUUAUUAAAAAAAGAAAUGGUGGGGAGAAGCUUUAAAGACAUUAUGAUUGGAGUCUAUGAAAUGAUUUACCUAAUAUGGAUGACCCAAUUUCAUAAUUAGAUUCUACUUUAUUCUCUUCUGUAAGUACAGAGCCAGCUCAAUUUGUAUCUUCCAAAAACGUUUGGCUGUAAUGAGAUCGGUCAUUUGCUUUUUAA